AAGGUAGAAAUGAUAGGGGGUAAUGAGAAUCAUCAACGGGAAGAAUGUGUUUCAGCUGCUGGAACGUUGCAGAAUGUGGAGAGAAACCCUAACCCUAGAGUUGCUAUAAAUGAACAUUGCAUUUGCAAAGAGGAAUUAAGUACAUGUAUGUAGAGAGAGAGAGAGAGAGAGAGAGAGAGAGAGAGAGAUGUCCCAAGUGGCCCCCAGAGUUCUCAUUGUCUCGCGCAGGAGCGUUCGCAAGAACAAGUUUGUGGACUUUGUUGGUAAUUGAACUCUUGAUAUCAUCUUAUUUUUCUUUCAAUGGGGAGUACCAUUUGGACCUCAUAGUAGGCUACGGCGUGGCCCCCGUAAUCGUGCCUCGUGUAUCGGGCAUGCAUGCUCUCCUCGAGAGCUUCGAACCGAUCCACGGCGUUCUCCUAUGCGAAGGGGAGGACAUUGAUCCCUCCCUGUAUGGCACAACACCAACAACUUCCGACCUCUCCGCCGAUGAGCUUGAAGAGAUCCGACGCGCUCAUGCGAGUGAUACUGCGAUUGAUCACGAAAAAGAUGCCAUUGAGUUGCGCCUCGCAAAAUUGUGCAUCGACCGUGGCAUCCCCAUUCUCGGCAUUUGCCGUGGAUCGCAAGUACUUAACAUUUCUUCGGGAGGUACGCUGUAUCGGGAUCUCGAGAAGGAGUUAGAGAGGAAGUGCAAGGAGGAGGAUAAGGUGGCACACAUUGAUUACGAGAACUACGACGGGCAUCGACAUGCAGUUAGGGUGGUGGAGAACACCCCAUUACAUUCUUGGUUUCGAGAGUCGUUGGAAGACGGAAAGACGGAGAUUUUGGUCAAUAGCUAUCACCAUCAGGGGGUGAAAAGACUGGCUGAACGGUUUGUUGCGAUGGCGUUUUCGAGAGAUGGAUUGGUCGAAGGAUUUUAUGAUCCUGAUGCAUGUAGUCCUGAGGAGGGCAAGUUUAUAGUUGGACUGCAGUUCCAUCCAGAAAGAAUGAGGCAGUGUCGCACAGAUAAAUUUGAUUACCCUGGAUGCCCUUUAGUAUAUCAGGAUUUCGUCAAUGCGGUGAAAGCUUAUCAGAACAAGACCAGUAACUCUAUAGACCCAAAACUCGGUUUGAAAUUAGGUCAAGGAGUGCAGAUGAAAAGAAGGAUCAUCUCGCGAAUUUUCUCCAUGGCGAGGCAAACGUAUGUUGCUAGGGCUGACAAGACUCCUUCAAGAGAAGACAAUUUUGAAGCUGGCGCUGAGUUUCUCCAGCCAAACACAACAUUGAGUCUCCAAGAGGAGAAGAGGCUGAAGCAGGUAGGAGCAACAGUGAGGAAUGCAUCAUCCUAUAUGGAAAGGCUAAAGAUCGGCAAGGAAAGGGAGAUGGUCGCGAAGAAUCUAAUGGAGAAAAUGUCGAUUGGGCAGUUAACCGAACUUCUUUCGUGCUACCACAUCAUGGCGCAGAUUUGUUCAGAAGUGUUAGAAAAGAAACUAACAAUCUGUUGAGGCAGAAGUGAUUUCCUGAAGCUUUUGCACAAGCUCUUUUCAUCUUGUAACAUCAGUAUGUAAGUAUAUGUGCUUCCAAAUAUGGCCGAAUUGUCAAACUUACCUUCUACUAUUCACUUAGUGAAGUUUCGAUCCUGUUUCUUUACCUUGAUA